GCGCUCGCUCGCUCGUGCUGCGCCUCGCCUCGUCCCGUCCCGUCCCGUCUCGUGUCUCUGGCAGCAGCAGCGCCUUCCUGCUGCACCGUCUUUCUUGGCGUUCGGACGAGCGACAUUCGUUUCCUGUCCCAACAGGCUCGCGUGCGUGCGAGAGCCCGGGGUCCGCUUCGACGAGGGCCGCAGCGAAAUCGUCACGCGUGUGCUGCGAAUCGAUUCGCCAGUCGGGUCGGACUUCUAUCACGUCAAUCGGAUUGAACCAAUUGCUGAAGUCAACCCAGUGAUCACGACUGAAAAUAUUGCACAUUAUUUUGGUUGCAAAUUCAUCAUCGGCUGCAAGGCUUCGGACAGUGUGAUGGACCUUGGUGGUCGCCCCAAUAUGGACCUCACGGAAGCCGCUCGAUUGAUGAAACAGUCUACAGCCACACCUACGGGCACAAACCCAGCACAGAUACAAACACCGCCUCUGAUGAUGAUGCAGCAGGCUGUUGCGAUGCAACAGUUCCAGUUCCAGCAAGCAUUGUUGAUGCAGCAGGUAAUGGCCACACAACAAGCUGCGGCACGGGCUGCUACUGUAAAAUCAGCAGCAGAAAUGGCAGCUGCUCGUGCUGCAGAAAUCAGCAAGCAGCUGAAAGGAAGUGAUGGAGAAGAUGAAGAAAAGAAGCCUGCUAGCCCUGACAGGUCUAAAUCCCGUUCUGCAUCGAGGUCAAAGUCUCGUUCUCCUAUCAGGUAUCGGCGAGACCGUUCCCGCUCACUGUCACGAUCUCCGAUCCGCUAUCGACGCGACAGGCCUUACUCUCCAUCUCGUUCAAGGGAUCACUUCAGUUAUCGUAGUCGAAGCCGUCGGGGUUAUUACAGAGGGCGUGGUGAUUACCCGUGGAAUCCUUUCAGGCGAGAAUGGGAUCGUGACAGGGAUAGAGACUUUUAUUCUCGUUCUCGUAGAAGCAGAAGCAGAAGCAGGAGCAGGGUCAGAAGGAGAUCUCGAUCUCGUUCACGCUCUCCUCGAUUCCGCCGAGAACGGUCUGUUUCACCUAGACACAGGAGAGACGAUAGGAAGGCAGCACGCAGUGCAAGAAGAUCCAGGUCAAGGGAUGUGAAAAGGACUCCGUCAGUCAGCAGUAGAAGCCCGAGCGCAAGUCCUCACGGGAAGGAGGGCAGUAGGAGCCCUUUUAAAAAGCAGCAGGGAAGUGGUCUUAGUCCUGUACGGCGUGGACCCAGCGGAAGUCCUGUUCCUCAAAUUGUGCGACGAGUAGGCAAGAACCUGUCUUCGAGCCCGCUCGAAGAUGACCAGAUAAGAAGCCCCGAUUAUAAGGGACGAGGGGAUAGGGUCCAAAUGAAGGCGCCUAGUAUUGAAACAGAUAGCGUAAGGAAGAGUGGAUUGCCCAAAGCGGGACCGUCUGUGUCCCCUCGAAGGUCUCCAUCGGUCUCGUUCAAUCACUCUUUGAGAAAGGACUUGCAAUCUGAUGACGAUGAAGACGUGAAUAGUGAUUUGAAGAGGACCACUAGUCUGCGGGUUUCGUCAAACGGAGAAGAUGAUACGGGAGACAUUCAGCCUGACCUUGCUAGCGCCACUCCCAACGUCCCUUCGCAGGCUGUGAAGGGCAUGGGCUCUGGCUCUGACAUCUCAAGCGAAGGAGGAAAUGUCGAUUUUAAAGCGAAAGAACAGUUUUUGGGAAAGCAGAGCAGGCCACCUUGGAGGGGAGAACGCAGUGCCAAGGACUCGGGAGUCGUUCCAGGUCAAGAGAGUGAUGAUGACAAGGAGCUUGAUGACUGGCGUGACGACAUGAAAGCUCAUUCGAAGGAGAAAAUCGGACGCAAGGACGAGAGAAAGGUUCAUGAUAAGAAGAACGAAGAGGAAAUUAGACUAGUGACAGAAAACACUCUCGCUCAUGAUCGCAGUAGAGUAGAAGUGAGCUGGGACGCAAGUAGGGCCACCAAGAAACACGGAAUAGGGGAAAGUGACAUAGAUAUGGAACAGCUAGACGAUGAUUCGGGUCGUGAUAGGCAUGGCAGGAUUGGCGUCGCUGGGGGAAAAGAGAGGUUGCAAGAUUCCAGCAGAGAUAAAGCGAGAAGUUUGUACGAGGUAAAGGACUAUGUUGUCAGCGAAGUUAAUGAGUCAGGAGGAGCGAAGUACGUGGAUAAAGAUUAUCAAGAACCAGGAAAAGAGAAUUCGGUGGAGUCUGUUAAGGAAGAUGAAAGAGAUUUCGAAGAAACUGUUUUUGAGGGCCCCAAACUUGAAGCUGAGGAGGAUGAAGGAUUUUUCGAGAGUGUGAAGCCAGCGAAAAUGGACGAAUAUAAGAACAUCCAGAGAGAGGUAGACCAAGUGUCUGCACAUCCAAGGGCAAGGGAUGAUUCUGACGUUGAGGAUGAGGAGGAUGUGAAGGUCACGCGAAGCAAGCUCGUCACUUUAGAGGAUGAUGUAGUUGUAAGUAGGAAGGGGAAAGAGAAGUCACGACCGAAAGAUCGCAGGCUUGACGAGGAAGAGGAGCGUGAAAAGCGAAAAGAGCGCCAUAGGAAACAUAAGAAGAAGCAUCGAAGAGAAGCAGAAGAUGAGAAGGAUGAGGACGAGGAUGAUAAUGAUGAUGUUGAAGGCCGCAAAGAGAGAAGACGGCACAAGAGGAAGCAUAGGAAAGAAGAUGAUGACGAGCGAAGAGAGAGGAAGAAGAGGAAGCAUAAAAGCCGUGGUAAAUCCGGUUCAGACUCGGCGGGAGAAUCUUCCCGGGCUGAUGUAGAGGUCAAAGAUGAGGGUGAUGGCAGUCCAGUACGAAAGAAGAGCUCCAGUCGUCAUCGAAAAAGAAGGAGAGACCCUUCAAAGUCACCCGCCAAUAGUGCCAGCUCAAGCGAUUGAUGAAUGAGGAGGGUUUCUAGCUAUCAAUUACUAUCGUGCAGGAACUAGUUGGAGUAGCCUUAGUGCAACUUUAUGUAGAAAUUACAAAUUGCCUUGCGUGCCCGUGCAGGAUAUUCACAAUAUGCUUGGGAGUUGCAACACUGGAGAGGAGUGUCCUAAUAAGGGCUUAGGGACUCCUGUUGCGGAUGGGUUGGGUGGGUGGGCCAAGCUUGUGUUGCGGGCUGUUUUGUUUUGCAGGGCGCUUUGAAAACGGUUGCAAAGCACACCGUCUCCAUUGUUCAUACUCCAUCGUAGGUAGCUGCUGGACUGUCCAAAACUUUAAAUGUAAACAAGUUGUGUUCUACAGUUUUCUUUCAAAUUUC